GAGCUGGCAACCAGCGGUGUUUCACGUCAACCUCGCCACGGGAACUCGCCGUUUGACCCUCAUCUCUCUCUCUCUCUCUAUCGCCGUAGCUGUAUGCUCAUCACAUCGGAGGUUCAUACGCAGUGUUGUUCGCCUCGGAUAAACGUCCCAAAGGGGCAACGAUCCACACUCACACAACGGCUUGUUUAUCCCAAACGAUCAACGGAUGGCACAUUCAUACAUGUGAGUCGAUGACUGUUGAAUCCCAGUCCAAAGGCAAAUUUUUUUCUUCUGUUGACUGUACCUCUUUCACUCUUCAAUAGUAAGAGAGGUGCUAUCUAUCUACUGGAGCUUCACGAGAGUAUACACACAAUACGAAUGGACUACUAGAAAGACUAAGAACCAUGGCAAAAACGGUAUUAUCAUUCCAACAACAGAUCGAAGGGUUUCCCUGGUCUCAGAUCUUCGUCAUUUCUUGUGUUCGUUUUGCCGAACCCAUAGCAUUCACCUCGCUGUUCCCCUACGUGUAUUUCAUGGUGAGGGACUUUGGCGUUGCAGAUACCGAAGCUGAAGUGAGCAAGUACUCUGGUUACCUGUCUUCAGUGUUUGCCUUCUCUCAAGUUUUAACGUCGUUCAACUGGGGGAAGUUUGCAGAUAAGCAUGGUCGUAAGCCGACCCUCCUGAUUGGAUUGACCGGGUCUAUAUGCUCGUUGUUGCUGCUGGGGUUUGCAAAGAAUUACUACUGGGCACUGGCCGCGAGAUCCAUUAUGGGGUUGCUCAACGGUAACGUUGCUGUGAUAAGAACAAUGAUUGGUGAAGUGGCUCUGGAGCGCCGUCAUCAGGCUAUUGCAUUUUCAACCAUGCCGCUGAUUUUCCAAAUCGGUUGCGUUAUAGGUCCUCUUAUAGGUGGUUAUCUCAGUGGAAAUACUACAAGAUUCACCAUCCUGAAACCACUUGUGGAAAAAUAUCCCUAUGCGCUGCCAAACUUGUUCAUCUCAUCACUACUAUUCGCUGGAAUCGUCAUCGCAAUAUUCUUUUUAGAGGAAACACACUAUAAACACAAGUACAGACAUGACUAUUUUGUCGAUAUCGGUGACUUCAUAAAGAUACACGUCUUUGGAGUGACGCCAAAGACCAGACACUGGCACCUGGAUCGUCUAAGCAGUUCCAGAGGACGCGAAGAUGGAACAGAGGAUGCGAUUGAUGAGGAGGAACAGCCCUCUGAAACUACACCUUUGUAUAGACCAGAGGAACAGAACGACAGCGAUGACUCAAUACAAUCUGUGGGGCCUGUGUUGACAAGACGUGAAUCAGUUGCGUUGAUUAGAACAUACUCUCUACAUGAGCCAGAGGAUGAAGAAGAAGGUGCUGGGUCAAUAAGGGCGUUGUUGGAACCACACAUCUUUUAUGCAGUGGUGUGUAACUUUAUCAUGAGUCUACACGUUACCGUUCACGAUGAGUUCUUGCCUAUCUAUCUUGCCUACGACGUGGCACGUGAUAAAGCUGGACAACUGGUUUCCAAGUUCCCCUGGAGAUUGGUUGGUGGACUGGGUUAUACCUCUGAAGAUACCGGUACGUUGCUAUCGUCCACGGGUGUCUUGGGGGUCUUCUUCCUCGUUGUGGUGUUCCCAUACGUUGACCGGAACUACGAUUCGCUGACAACAUACAAAUCCUUCAUCCUGUUAUUCCCAGUGAUCUAUACGCUGAUACCUUACAUUGUGCUGCUAGCAAACCAUUUGAAGGUUGCACGUAUUGCAAUCUAUACAAUGACGUGCCUGAAAACCCUUGGAACGUCAAUGUCAUUCCCUCAAAUCCUGUUAAUCGUGCACAACUCAUCGCCCCCUAAACACAGGGCCAUGAUCAAUGGUGCGACAAUAUCUGUCAGUGCAUUGGCCAGAUGUGUUGGUCCAUUCAUCUGGGGUUUCUUCAUGUCAUGGGCGCAGACGUAUCAAAUUGGCUGGCUCGGAUGGUGGAGUGUUUCCGCACUGACACUCUUAGCGAUUUAUAUGAGCUCCUACCUCCGAAACGAGAACGGUGAGGACGACGAGUGAAUUGCAACCGUAAUGCUCACAUCCUUGUGAAACUUUCUGCUCUUCCGCUUCUACUUCUACCGUAUCAACAGCGUUGAGCUCUGCAUGUUGCGCGUGUUGUGUACGUGAUACGCGCAUUGUUUACAUUUUACCCAACUUGGCAGUUUUCGC